ACACAUCAAAUACUCGUGAUGACAGUCCCUGAUUUUCAGACUAUAUGAAUCGCCUAUGUUUGCCUAUGAUUUACUUACACUUUCAAGCGCUUCACGCUUAAUGAGGUUUGACGAAGCACAUGAAAGUGUUUGCCGUCUAAGAGAAAGUAAAACGUUAUAAUACAGAGCUCAAAAUCUAUCAAUAAAAAAGAACAAUGUUUUUUGUUCGACGAACGACAGAUGGGAUUUAGAAAUUCAUGUGUUUAAAAAGUAAAUACCCAUUGGAAAUUAUGGUCAAGCAUAUUCGGAUUGUGUGGUCCCAGUCGCAUUUUGCAAGAGGAAUUUUUCCGACUAAAACACGGCUGCUGGAUAGUUUGAAAAAUGUUCAAAGAAGACGUCUAGGAAGAAAUUCUGUUAUCCAACAUAUAUUUGUGUUUGUAUUUUGGGGUUUGACCUUUUGCUUUAAUCUCAAAAAAUUGUCUCAAUUUUGCAUGAUUGAGGUGAAUCAUAAGUUCGCGAGUGUUGUACAAAUUUGAGAAACUGCACUAUAACCAUUAACCUCUGUUUACACGAGAUAUAAGACCAGAUUACCUCUUUACGAGAAUGGCACAAGAAGAACAGGAAUCGAAGGCGCCGAAGAGCGUGUACAACCGAUGGAUCAAGGACAAUUUGUUCCUCUUCUGCACGGCUUUCGGCGUAAUCGUCGGGGCGGCACUUGGAUUCACUCUGAGAACAUUAAACCCAAGUGAUGAGAUGAUCAUGCUAAUAUCAUAUCCAGGCGAAUUAUUUAUGAGGAUUCUUAAACUUAUGAUUUUACCAUUUGUGAUUUCUUGUCUCAUAAUGGGAACUGCAACACUAAACAUAAAGAAAAAUGGGAAAAUUGCUGUGAGAACGUUGUUGUACUUUAUUUUGACGUCGUUGUUAAAUGUUUUGCUAGCCGUGAUGCUGACAACGUUAAUACAUCCUGGGGAUCCACAUUUAAAGCAGAACUCGACAAUUGACCAGACAAAGUUAAAUGCGAUCAAGCCACUGGACAGUUUUCUCGAUAUGGGCAGAAAUCUUGUGCCUGACAAUUUGUUCCAAGCUGCAUUUGAACAGACAUUCACAGUAUAUAAUCCUGGGACUGCAAAACCACAGCAAGGAAAUAGCUCUACAAAUUCGUCAACCAUCGUGAGAGAUUUGAAAUACAGGAGUGGUACAAAUACACUCGGAAUCAUUUUUUUCUGCUUGAUCUUUGGCUCUGUCCUUGGCACUCUUGGCCCUCAUAAGUCUAUGUUGAUAAGUUUUUUCAAUGUUAUUUAUGAAGUGCUAUUAAAAAUGAUGAUGGGAGCAAUUUGGUUGACACCUUUUGGUGUUGGAAGUAUUAUUUGUGGAAAAAUAAUAUCACUGGGCCAGUUGACUUCAACCAUGGAACAAUUAGGCUGGUUCGUCUUGACGAUGGCUGCAGGUGUUUUUAUAUACCAGUGGAUACUAUUGCAGCUAAUAUACUUAAUAAUUGUUCGAAAGAAUCCUUUCAAGUACUACAUAGCUUUUGGCCCGAGUAUUGUGACUUCAUUUGCUACCGCUUCAAAGUCAGCGGCAAUGCCGAUAACAAUAAGGACUUUAGAUGAAAAGCUGAAUAUUGACAAGAGGAUAUCAAGAUUUAUAAUACCAAUUGGAACCAUAAACAUGGAUGGAACUGCUCUUUUUAUUACAACAUCUAUAAUUUUCAUUGCACAGAUGAAUGACAUACCCCUAGAUUUAGGAAGGCUUAUAACUGUUGUGAUUUCCUGUACUGUAGCAAGUAUGUCAUCGGCUACUAUUCCCAGUGCAGCAUUGGUACUUGUACUAAUGUUGUGCAGUACAAUUAAUGCACCAGUUGAUGAUGUAUCUCUCUUGUUUGCUGUCGAUUGGUUUGUGGAUCGGUUGAGGACUACAAACAACCUGCUGGGAGACUGCUACGCUUGUGCAGUUAUUCAAAAAUUAUCGAAAAAGGAACUAACAGCUUAUGCCGAGGAACCUGAAACCACAACCGUUGUGAACGGAAACGCUGGCGUCGUGAGCAAUGGUACUUGUGUCAUUGAUAUCGUUCCAAAUGAAAACCAGAGCACCAACAUUUGAGGCGGACUUAAUUUUUUCAACAUUGAUACUAUUGACGGUAUUUAACAAAGCCCGUUACUGAGAGGCUUAACAUCAGACGAUGUCACAUGCUAAUAAACGAUUUGCAUUGGUAACAAAAUAUUACAAAAGUUAUUGAGCACUAUCAGAGGUAAUUGAGUUUUGUCGUAUUAAAAUUAUUUAAAAAAAAGAAAAAAGGAAAAACUUGUAAAUUUCUGUUAUAGCUUAGUCAAAUUGGAAAAGUAUUUAUAUGCUAUAAUUGUAUAUAGAUUUGUGACUUAUAUUUUAAAUAAAGUGGAUAAUUUUCAGUCCCAAUUAGUAAUUAAAAUGGUAUUUUAUAGUGUGAUUCAUUAAUAAAUAAUACUGGAGGUGGGAUUGUAUUAGCCAAAAUUGUUAAGGUGUCUAUUAUGUUCAGGUAAACAAUACUGGUUCAAUCCUGGUGUUUUUUAGAGAUAAGGAAAAUAUAACUUUAUUAGUGUAGUCUUAAUAUGUGACACCUUAAUGGUAGUUGGCAUAAUAACCUAUUACAAAAAAAGAAAAGAAAAUGAAAAGAUAUGAACUAUUUAGUAUCUAUAUCUAUUUAGUAGGUAAGAAAAAAAAUAACUCUAAAGAAAAUGUAGUUAGGGUUAUAUUCGCAGAUACCAAUAGUCUGACAUAUAUGUUGGACAGAUCUUUGAAAAAAUACGAAAAAUUAUUAUAUUAAAUUUUGGUGUCUGUAACAAUUUACAUAUCAAAAUUGUAAGUAGUAUUUAGUAGGUUAAAAGGCAUACAUGGUUGGUAAAAUUAAAAAAAAAUCAUUAAGGUUGUGCAACUUCAUACCUUUUUGGCUGAUAUUAUGAACAUCAUUGUUAAAAAAAAAAAAAAAAUUGUGGAAAACAUUUCUACCUCACUAUUUUGGAGAAUAAUAACUGUUCUUAAUGUAGUAAUUUGAGGUCCAAUAAUUUCUAAUCAAUUUUAAAUGCACUUACUAAAAUUCUUUAAAAUUGUAAAACAAAACAAAAGGAGUACAUCUGAUGAACUUUGUCAUAAGCAAUAACAGAAAUAAAAAAUAUAAUAAAUUGCACUUAGAAUUUUUCAAAUAUAAUUAUGCUUGAAUUUUAACAGCAAUUUAAAAUUGAUUAAAUACACAUAUCGAUUCUUGUUAAAAUAUACAUGUGCUUACAAGUGUUUUACAUGUAAAUACUAUCAUAAUUAUUUUUCACAACCUUAAUUUUUUUUGUUUAUUGUACAUUAACGAUUGUUGUUUUAAGUUUUUCCUGAACGAACAGAACAGUUAUUCAUUACCUAAAUCUAGUAUUUUAGGUAUGUGUAAAAAAUUGUAAAUAGUGAAUUGUUGUAUGAUAUUGUUGUCUGGUAUCAGCGAAUUAAUAUUUGGAAAUAGUAAUGACUUUGUUUAAACAAUUUUUUUUAAAACUCUUGCAUUACAAACUUCAUAGACUUUUUGAAAUUGUUUCUAUAAAAAUUAUUGUCUUUUGUAAAUCAGAAUUCAAAAACAAAAAUAAUUUGUAGUGUGUAAAUUUUUCGUUUUGUAAAUUUUAGACCAGAUAACUGUGAUUUGGAAUUUUGCCUUUAUGAGUAGGCCUAUUAUCAAAGUUAGAGGCAAGGAUACUGUUUUGUAAAUUGUGAUAUAAACAAUAUAAAGAUUUAGCGAGAAAGCAAAAUUUGUUAAUUAAGAAGUAUAACGUAUUCCUAGAUUUGUAUACAAGCAUUUAUUAAUUUUGGAAAGAGUAAAAACAGAUUAGAGAGAGAAAUUUGACGAUUGGGCUGCAUUAAUAAAUGACUUUUUUACUGAUUUAGGCUUUAAGUAUAAAUAAUAAAUUAAAAAAAUUAUAUAUAUUGAAAAAUAUGUGGUGAUCCAUUAGACAAUAUUUAAAUUGGUGCUCCAUGGUAUUGUAAAACAAGUUUAGAUAUAUUGGUAUACAUGUAAACUUUUGAAUUCCAUGCAUACACCUUUUUAGUGGAUAAGUAUUAACCAAUUUUACAAAGACUUAUCAAGAGUUGGAAGAAAAAAAAAUUAUUUUGAAUUAUACAGUUGAGUAUUACUAUUUAUUAUCGAGGGAAAACUUAAUGUUUAAUAUUAACAGUACUAUUAACAUUAACUGGGCAUAAUUCAAUGUUUUAUAAAUGUUCCUUGUGAUGUUACUAUAUUUCAUUAUUGGAAAAAAAUGUGAAUCUUAUCAAAUUUAUGAAGAUUUUAGAUAAUGACUAUUUCUUUAUUGUGGUGAUAAUAAAAUUCAUUCAACUUCUUACAAAAAAAUUGUACGUAUUAAAUGGAUUAUAAAAUUGUAAAAAAUGGAAUAUACAUAUAGUCAAUUUGUUUUGUGAAGAUGGAUGGAUUAAAAAAAAAUAAAAAAAUAAAUACAUUAACUUCAGUAUAAUUCUGCACGUAAUGAUUUUUCAGUCCUACAGAUGUAGUUGUAAAAUCACCAAAGAAUCAAAUUAUAGCCUGUAAGUUGUAAUUAGAUAUUAUAGAGAAUUAUUAUUUUUUCCUUUUGUGUAAGGAAUAGAUAUUUUUAUUCACUAUUCCUUAUGAUUUGUAUUGUCUUAAAAGUGAGAACAAAAUGAAAACAAUUUUUACAGAAAAAAAAUUGUAAUUAAAAAAAA